AGAUCUCAACAAUGGAAAAAAAACAUAACCGUGAUCAUCCUGCUGAUACUACAGCUGAUGCAAAACAACUUUUUUUACAAAAAACGACAUUGAAAGAUAAAUUUGAAGUGGUAUGGAAAUCUUCGAUUUCUUCUAUUGAAAAAGAAAGUGAUGAUAAAUUUGUAAAAAGUGUUGAUCACUCGGAAUCUUGGAGGAAAAUUGGUAACAACGAAUUCACUACUUCAAAAAAUGAAGAUUAUCUGCGCAAAUCAAUUGAAGCAUACACCAAAAGUAUUGCUUUUGCACCAGCUGGAUCCAAUGAAUUGUCAUUGGCUUAUGCAAAUCGUUCAGCUGUAUUAUUCGAAGCUAGACUUUAUCAAGAUUGUCUUCUUGAUAUUGAACGCGCAUUGAAAUCAGGCUAUCCAGAUGAUUUAAAAACAAAAUUAUUUUUACGUCAAUCAUUGUGUUUCAAGGCCUUGAAACCAAGCUCAAAUACUGAGACAAAUAUUUCAAUGGCCAAUGCAAUGCAGUGGCUUCCGAAUUUGAAAAAAAAUAAUCGCAAAUACAACAUCACCAAGGAGUAUUCAAAGAUGAUGCAUCAACUUGAAAAACCACGUGAUGUGAGUUUGUUUUCACCAGAAAUAAAAAAUAAAAAUUCAAUAAUAGCUGGUGGAUCUGAUGCAAUUGAGCUGAAAAGAAUAAAUGACAAUAAUCAACAUAUUGUUGCAACAAGAGACAUUAAAUCUGGUGAAUUUAUUUAUCUUUCUGAGCCACUUGCAAUGGUUCAAUCUCCCGAAUUACGUUUUAUUAAUUGUUGGCAUUGUGGUUGUCAAACUUGGGCUGGUGUACCAUGUGAUCAAUGUUCAAAUGUUGUAUUUUGUUCACAACAAUGUAAAGAAAAAGCAUGGAAUGAAUAUCAUGAUAUUGAAUGUUUAGUCUUAGGACAACUUACAAAACCUACCAAAAUAUAUUUGGAAUAUCUAUUGACAUUAAAAAUUUUUUUAAAGGCUAUCAACUCAGCAGGUGGUUUAAUUGAAUUGAAAACAAAAAUUGACAAGAUUGACUCGAUGAAAAAUGAAGGGUUGAUAUUUACCAAUGGUACUCUUGAUGUAAAUUCUCUUGAUAAUUUUCAUCGUCUUGAUUAUUUUAAACCAACAUCAACUAUGUGUAAAUUUGAAACGACAGAAAUGGCAGUAUGGAUUGUCACAACUCUGGGUCAAAAAACAAAUAUACUUGGUAAAAAAAUGACAUUGAAAAAUUUAAUUAAAAAUAAAAAUAAAAAAAUAUUUAUUCUGGGAGAAUUAUUAUUGCGAUAUCAGAUGAUUGUUAGUCACACUGGUCUAUAUUUUGCAAACUCAGAACCUGGCGAUACUGUUGAAUGGUCAAAUUUCAUGAUGUCAUUUUGUAAAUUAACAAAAAGAAGCUGUGAUCCUAACGUUGAUUGGGCUUACUUGGGUCCAAAUGUUGGAUAUUAUGCUAAGAAACCAAUCAUACAAGGAGAACCGAUACUGGUGAGCACCGUUGGUUCAUAUUCAUUACCUAAAAUCAUACGAAAUGUAAGUUUUCGACAUAUUACUGAUGAUCCUGUACCAUGUAAAUGCAUAGCAUGUGUUGAAAAUUGGCCAGCAGCACGAUAUCUUCCAUCUUACCAGAGCAUGGGGUUGCCAAUAAGCAUCACAAAAAAGUUGGAUCGUAUGACGCUCAUAAUGAAAGGGUGGAUAGGUAUCAUUCGUAACAAAGAUACUAAAGAAUUAUUAAAAAUCAAGGAUAAAUUAAAUGGCAUGAAUGAUGAAUUUCAUCAAUACAUUACUGGUCCUUGCCAAGAAAUUCCAUUAUGGUAUUUUGCAAUGAGAAUGCUAUACAAUCGACUACAUAUGGUUUAUCAUAAUACAAUGACCAUGUACGAAAAUUCAACAAAUUCAUAA